AUGUCCUACGGCGCCCAACAUCCAUUCGCCCGUCGUAUCGUGCUUGCGAGAUCAAACCCACGUUGCGAUUCCUUGCAGAGGAAUGGAAGACGGCUAGAAGCCUCCAUGUUACGUGCGUAUUACAUGCCCCAGGACAUGGACGGCCCGGAACACGCGAGGCUUCAGGGCUUCAUCUUCCUUCCAGGGCUGCUUCAGGGCUUCAAAGUUCCCUUCAGGGCCUUCCUCUCCUGCCCCGGACGGUCCCAGGCCGCUGCAGAGUGGGGCGCACCACGAGGCCAGCGCGGCCAAUCAGCGGGCGUCAGCGCCAUGCUGCUGGUGCUGAUCGCUUCCUGUUCGCUUGCUAGCCCUCCCGCCUCCAUUGACUUUGAGUCGCCCCGAAUCUCACUUUUUCCGCCCACGCGCCGCACCGUUUCUUCCCCUUCCCUUAUGCCCUUCCCGCCGCUCUGCUGCCUCUGCCUCUGCCUCUGCCUCUGCCUCUGCCUCUGCCUCUGCGCAAGCUUCGUUGGACGCCGCCGAAUCUGGGAUCGCCUGCUGGGUGCUUGCGCGCAUCGCAUCACGUUGCGCCCCACAAAACCCAGUUCCAGCUCGAAAGCCUCCCUGCCGACGCGGACGGGCCAAGAUUCAAGACGCCGGGUUCAAGGUUCAGGGCCCCAAGGCUUCGAGGCUGUCGAAACCCGCUUGGCUGCAUUGCGCCGCCUGCCUCGCCCCGUGCUUUGCCUUUACUGUACUCGUACUCGUCCUAAUACCCGCCUGGUCCUGUCCGCUUACUUCAAGUUGCUUGUGCGACAGCGCUCAACUCGUUUGCCCGUCGUCCCUGCCCUAGCACUGUACCGUGCCUCUGCCGUCGCUCGCAGUCCGGCCCCAAGGGCCCGCCAGCGUCCCCAAACCCUUGCCUGGGCUCUGUUCUGGUCCUCCGCCGCCCCCCAUCUUCCACUGAAACGCAGAGAAAUAUUACCCACUCUCGCCCGUGACGAUUCCUCGCCGCAGCCUUUUUGCUCGCCUCUCGCCCUCUCAUACGACCGCUGCGAGAUCCCGUUUUCUGAUCCUCUGCCAAAACCUCUCGCUCGUCAACUCCGCCUCGAAGCGCUGUCGGCGAACCCGCCAUCGUCGAAUCCCUCGCUCGUCCCGCCGUCCGCCUCGACGCGAAAGGGCGUCGCAACGCCUGAAGCCCUGGAUUGA